AUGAGACGAGCAAGUAUACGAGAUCAGGGUUCUUCUCUGGAAGGCCCAGAAUGUAAGAAUACGACGUUAAAGAAGAACGAUAGUGGGGCAGUAGAAGAUAAUGUGAUAUUUCGGUCAGUGACUCGAGAGUUGGCAGAUUCCGGAGAUGAUGUCGAUGCUACGCAGUUUGACUCUGAUAUGGAGUCAUCGCCAGGAUAUUCGAAACAAGAUGCAGAAGUGGAGAAGGAGGUUCCUUAUUCUUUGCUUACUUAUAGACAGAAGUGGAUCAUGGUUGCACUUUUAACAUCGGCCGGGUUUUGGUCAUCGUUGGGUUCGCCUAUUUAUUAUCCAGCUUUGAAGGAAUUAGAGAAGCAGUUUAAUGUUGAUGAGGAGCUCAUCAAUGUGACGGUUGUUGUGUACCUAUUAUUCCAAGGUAUUGCGCCUACGGUGAGUGGUGGUUUGGCUGAUGUGUACGGUAGAAGGCCGAUCAUUCUCAUGGGGAUGUUGGUGUAUGUUGUGGGGUCUAUUGCAUUGGCAUGUGCGCAGUCGUACGGGGUUAUCGUGUUUCUUAGAUGCCUGCAGAGUGCCGGUAUUUCCCCUAUCAUUGCAAUCAAUGCCGGUGUGGCAGGAGAUUUCACAGUAAAAGCAGAACGUGGUACGUUUGUUGGUGCAGUUUCGGGAUUUACAUUAAUGGGUCAGGCAUUUGGCUCCCUAAUCGGUGCAGCCCUUACAGCCGCCUAUGAUUGGAGAGCUAUCUUCUGGUUUCUCUCCAUUGGAUGUGGCUCAUGUAUGAUAAUACUUUGCUUUUUGUUGGUGGAAACAAAACGUACCAUCGUUGGGAAUCUUUCAAUCAAACCUAAGAGGUUUAUUAACAAAGCACCUGUUAUUUAUUUGCCUAUGUUUCAAAAACAAUUCAAAUUUGAUAAUCCGGAUUACGAGUCCCUUGACACCUCUAUAGUGAAGCUAGAUCUCACAGCAGCAUUGAGAAUUGUCGCUCUUCCAGAGAUUACGUUAUCGCUUCUUCCAGCGGCUUUUCAGUUCGCCCUUUGGACUUUGUCCCUUGCUUCCUUAUCUUCUGAACUAGCAAAAGCACCUUAUAAUUACAAGCUAACCAUUAUUGGUAUUUGUUACCUUCCUUCCGGUAUUGGAGGGUUAUUAGGAUCAUUCUGUACCGGAAAGAUUAUUGAUGUAUUUUACAGGUAUGAUCAUGGGAAAUUCAUGCAAAAGAUGAAAAAUGGUUUAAUCGAUGAAAAUACUAGAUACAACAUUUUCAAAGCAAGAUUAGUUUCUGGUAUGCCUCAAAACUUCAUUGCUGUUGUAAGCUUUACAAUUAUGGGAUGGGCUUAUCAAGAACGGUGGAAUGUUGCAGUGAUUUUAGUAACGUCAUUCUUUGGGUCAUUCUGUGCCAUGAGUACCUUAUCCACUUCUAGUACAUUGCUAGUCGAUCUUUAUCCAAGUAAAUCAUCUACAGCAACCAGUUGCUAUAAUUUCAUCCGUUGUGUUCUUGGUGCUAUUUUUAUGGCCUGCUACGCUAAGAUGAAAAAGUCUAUGACUAUUGGUGGGACUUUCACAUUUAUAAGUGGGUUGGUUCUAAUUGGGAACUUCAUAGUAUUUAUCCCCAUGAAGUAUGGAAUGAAAUGGAGGUACGAAAGAGGAAUGAAGGGUUGA